AUGAAAUUUGGGUUUCCUGGGCUCUACCGAAACGUUUUGGGGUCGGAUGAUGGUCUCUAUCGCUGCCGAGUUGACUUCAAGAAGUCUCCGACACGCAAUUCUAAGAUAAAUCUCACAGUUAUUGUGCCUCCAGACAGCGUUCGAAUCCUAGACAUAAAUGGCAACGAGAAGAGCUCUACCAUUGGUCCAUAUGUGCUGGGCAUGACUCUAACGCUCAAAUGUGUUGCUACCGGAGGUCGUCCACCGCCCAGAUUAACGUGGUGGGCGGGGCACAAGGAGGUACGAGGAGAAGUGAUUGAGACCCCUAGGGAGGUGGUCAGCACCCUGACAGUGGCAUCUCUUCAGCGCCACCACCUAGAUCAGUCCUUUAUAUGUCAGGCAAAUAAUGCUGAGUUUGCUGUUCCGGUCACCGCCGCUGUCACCAUAGAUAUGACUUGUGAGUUUGUGUGUGUGUACUCACCUAACUGUGGUUGCAGGGGCCGAUUCAUAGCUCCUGGCCCCGAAGUGAGUGUGAAUACAGGUCUUGAAGUAGAGCUUAAAAUUUGCAUAGGAAGUUCGUCUGUGCUAUGUAAUUUCUUACCUUGUGCUGGCAUUCUGUAUUAGUUGCGAUGCUCGUUUGUACUUCUUGUGGGUGAACUUUGAAAUGACGACAGAAUUUCAUUUUCCCUGUGAGAUGUUAAAAUUAUUUGAGUUAGCUAUGAGGGCAUAUUAUAGUCAUCAACGAUAAUGACGAAAAUUCUUAGAGCAUCGAAGGCGAAUAUCAAAUGGUAUACAAUACCGACAGGUUGGUAGAUAAGACACAUAGGCAACAUUUAGGCAACUUUAUUCCGAAACGUUUCGCCUACACAGUAGGCUUCUUCAGUCGAGUACAGAAAGUAGGCGGGAGCAGUAGAGAUGUGAAGACGAUGUAAUCAGUCCAUCACCCUUGAAGUCGUAGAUUUGAGGUUGUCAGUCCCUCAGGCUGAGGGACUGACUUGAGGGUAUCCAGGAAUGUUUAAAGGACAACAAUGGUUUACCUCAGUGCUACAGUUUUCCUCUACAAGAACUUAUACACAAUAACA